GAUAUAUCCGGAAAGCGAUUCCAACAAUCCACGUGACCAAAAAAGGCUGCGAUGAUCUUCCUUGAGAGCGAGAGCAAGAUCGUCCAAGAAGUACUCCUGGGCCGGUUGGGCGAGACGGCGCCGCGACCGGUGGAACCCCUGGAGAUUCGCUUGUGUGACUUUGACGAUGUGCAAUACGACAUUUCUAUUCAAGGCACGACGUUGGCUGUGUCGAUGGCCUAUCGCCCGUACAUCGAGCUCCAAAAGUUUGGCGCGGCUAACAUGCUGGCCAAGGUGUAUCCUGAAUUCCAAAUCACGACGCCCAAGCCUGGGUUUGAGCUGACGUUGGUCGCGAACGUCGACACCAUCUCGCCCCAGGAUGCCGCCAACGUCGUGCAUCGCAUUGCGUCCCUCAAGCGAAACAUUCUGAGCGCGCCAUUAAACCAUUGCUUCCUCGCGCUGCAUGCCGGCCAAGCCAAGGUGCUGAGCCCGAUCCAAAUCCCUUUCCGACGCCAAGAGACCAUCUACGUCCUCCCGCAGGAAGACCGUAUUGUCAUUGUGUUUUCCGUGGCCUUUCAAGACCGAACGGACCAGGCCAUUGCGCGCGUCUUUCUCCAAGAAUUCGCUGAAGCCCGUCGACAUGUCAACAAUGCGCCGCCCGUGAGCUUUGGAAAGGACCCUCCGCUUGAGCUGCGCGCCGCGUCUGGCCUGCACACGAGCCCCGACCACGUCGGCUACCUCAGCUUUGCUAUCUUUAAGAGCCACAUUGACUCGGAGGCGAAGCGUGAAAACGCGUGCACGUUGCUCCAAGGCUUCCGCAACUACUUGCAUUACCAUAUCAAAGCGUCCAAAACAUACCUGCAUAUUCGCAUGCGCAAACGCGUGGACUUGCUCUUGCAAGUGCUGAACCGAGCCCAGCCAGCGAAAGAUCCGGCCAAGACCUCCAAGAAGACAAUCACGGGGAAAACGUUUGACCGCAAAGUGUAGUCGCACAUUAGCAUGAUGCAAUGGCAUCCUCAUGAAGGCCACACGACGACGCAUGAGCUGGGGCUACACUUGCUAUGGUCGUAGAUUGACAUGAAGUCUAAUGACGUUAAGGUCGACUAAUCUAUCAAUCGUGGUGGAGUUGGUCUUGGAUGACGUGUAACUUCUCUAGCUCUGCCAAGUACUCGGCAAAAGGUGUGCCCACGAUGGACGCUGACGACAACUCCAUGAUGCCGCUGCUGUCUUCGCCGACGCCGAUUUCUUCCUCGGAACAAAUCAUGCCGUUCGAGACUUCGCCACGCAACUUGGACCUUUUGAUCUUGACCAUCUUGUCCACCAAAGCACCCCCUGCAUCCUCGGGGUUAGGCACUCGGAAAGUCAACUUGGUCCCGACUGUCGCCACAGGAACCUUCAUGCCUUCGCGCACGUUGGGGGCGCCGCAGAUGAUUUGGACCGGGUCGGCGCCGACUGCAAUUGCGACAUCACAGAUGUUCAGUCGCUCUGCUUGCGGAUGGCUCGUUACCUUGACGAUAUGCCCCACCACCACGCCUUGCAAGCGGGUGGACGUGCCAAACCACCGAGUCAUGGACCGUGCCAACAUGAUUUUGGCGCUGAGAUUUUGUUGGGCUGAAAC